UUUCUUUCCUGUGAAGAUUAUUGUUAUUAUUAUUGUUUCAUAUUUUUCUUAGUCAUUUUGUAUUCGUUAUUUUAAGAGAGGUUAUUAUCUUGUAAAUAAUCAUUGAUUAGUAGAUGCAUUCGUUACAGUAAAAAGAAGGACCCCCUUUUGCCUUGCACCUAUAAUGAGCAUCAAAAGAAACGCAUCACUUAUAUUUAGAUCAAAUUCACUAGAUGUGAUUGAAAAAUGACAAACUCUGUUUUAGAGCAGGUGCAGUGACUUUUUAUUGUGCUGAUUAACAAUUGACGUUUUACUGUCUGAAGUUAUGGGGGGGCGGGGGAUACUGUGAAAGUCACAGGCUCGUGGCGUGUGUGGCCAGAGUUGGAAGCAAUACAAGCAGUGCAUCUGCGACGCAUGAUUUGCACCAGGUUUCGGAUGCUGUCUUGUGGAAUCCUGGCCCAUUCCUCUUGUAGUGCCUGGAUAAGCAUCUGACAGUUCAGUGGGCUCUGAGACCUAGAAGCCACACGUCUCCCAGUUCAUGGCCUGUCAUUGACAGAGUGUGUCUGAUUAUAUCGUCUCGCCCGGUUUGAAAUUGCUGGCUGUGAGCACCCAAGACCGUGAGCCACAGUACGCUGCCCCAGUCCAGCCUCCAAGACGUGGCAUAUUGGUGUUUUUCUGUGAUUUUCUUUAUUGCUUUUAUUCAAGCUUGCAAUUCAACAGCUGAAAUCACUCCAUAUCCAGUGUCCAGUCAACUGUCUCACUAAUUAGGUGACUAAGUGCAUAUGCUUCAGUCAUAGUCACUCAAACGUGUCAUGGACAAGGAUGAAUGAUCAGGUGAAAAACAAACAUUCAUGUAUUUGGACUUCUGUCUCUGGCACAAUCUCGUCUGACGCGAUAUUGAUGGGCACUGCAUCAUGGGUUAUUCUUCCUGUCCUUUAGGAAAUACAAUCCCGAGUGACGGAGCUCAUCAGAGACAACAGCAAUGUGCAGCCUGGCUUUCCUCAUCAUGUCUGCCUGCACCUUGAUCGGGGGUCUCUCAGUCUGCUGCCCUUAAAGAAGAUACCACGUCGUCAGAGAUGUAAUGACCUGGGACCAAGCUCGCCAACACUGUCAAAGUAAUUUCACUGAUCUGGUUAGUGUUCCCAGUGAUGAGGAAAUGCAGGCAGUCAAGGCACUGAUUUCCCGGGUCUCAGAGUACACGUUUUGGUUGGGUCUGCGCAGAAACACAGUCAGCUCGCCUUGGGAAUGGUCAACCGGUGUGGCCUUUCAAUACAGCAAAUGGCUGAGUUGGGAACCAGAUGCUAAUGGAGAGUGUGGAGCCAUGAUUCCCACCGGAGAGUGGGGAGCUGAACCUUGUGCUGACUUUCACAGCUUCGUCUGCUUGGCAGGACCUUCUGCGCUGUGCGGUCAGAGGGAGUACUUCCUGGUUCACACAGUGAAGAAUGCAGACGAAGCCAGAGAACACUGCAGAUCUCUGUACACAGACCUGGUGAGCAUCACAAGCCAAGUCUUGGAGCUGGGGAAACGGGGAAACUUUCAACUACAGCAACUGGGGAGUACUUCAGCUAGUGAGGAAUGGAACCUGUGUCACGAUCAAGACCUCUCAAUUGAAUUUUGGGGCAUGGCAGAUGAACAACUGCAAUGACAUCAACAAGUUCAUCUGUU